CCCAAAGUGGGACACUGAGCUCAGACUCAUCCGACUAUAGUUCACUGGUGUAAACAGGCAAACAGCUGUCUUCUCAAUUCAGAAUCCACAUUUUUAUUUUGUUGUUUAAGAGCAGGAUAUUUUCUGAGAGUUGUCAUGAAGCCAGCAGUGGCUCUGCUGGGCCUCGUCCUCCUUCUGAACACAGCCUUUGCUGCGGAGGAGACCUGCGUGGGUCGUUGUGGCUCCUUUGAAUCGCAGAGGAAAUGUCAGUGUGACUCUAUGUGUGUGUACUAUGGAAGCUGCUGUGGGGACUUCGACACCGCCUGCCCUAAAAAAAUUGCUCGUGGCGAUACCUUUGAUGAAACAGUUGACGUAUCAGAAGCAGUGACGACUUUUGCCCCGAGCACACCAACAGUUUUCCUACCAACUUUAAACCCCACCCUUGCCCCUCCCCUACCCAACACAACACAGGGGCCCACACCAGCUGUAGACCCUGACGCAGCACCCUGCAGCGGUCGACCUUUCGAUGCUUUUCUGCAGCUGAAGAACGGGUCGAUCUAUGCAUUUAGAGGUGAAUACUUCUUUGAGUUGGAUGACAAGUCCAUCCUUCCUGGUUAUCCUAAACUCAUCGAGGAUGUGUGGGGGAUCUCUGGACCCAUCAGUGCUGCAUUCACACGCAUCAAUUGUCAGGGAAAAACCUACAUCUUCAAGGGAAACCAAUACUGGAGGUUUGAUGGUGAUGUCUUGGACGAAGACUAUCCGCGGGACAUUUCAGUCGGCUUUGACGGCAUACCAGAUUCCGUUGAUGCCGCAUUUGCCAUACCAGCACCGAGUCACCGUGGCAAAGAGAAAGCCUACUUUUUCAAAGGGGACAAGUACUACCAGUAUGAGUUCAAGCACCAGCCUUCCCAUGAAGAGUGUGUCCAAAUGAGCAGAUCCUCCCCAUCUGUACUGUUCACACGAUACACGGACCUCUUCUGUGAUCAGACAUGGGAGGAUUUCUUCACAGAGCUCUUUGGCGACUCAGUCAGCAGUCAUCAAAUGGGCGCUCGUUUCAUCACUAGGGACUGGCAAGGCAUCAGGCCCACUGUAGAUGCUGCCAUGGUGGGGCGAGUCUACCUCAGUCCCAAUCCCACGCCAUCUUCUCCUCCGUUGAGGAGGCGCAGCAGUCGGAAGAGGAAGCUCGGCAAGAAGCGUGCACAACAAAGAAGGCGGAGUCACCAUGUGUUGUUUGAUGAUCUGUGGGGUUAUGAUGAUUGGUUUGAUUACAGCGACUUCAGCAUCUUUGAAGAGAGCCCCCCACCAGAGCCCAAAAGCACCCCUGUGCAAAAUGUGUAUUUUUUCAAGAAAGAUAAAUACUACAGAGUGAAUCUGCAGACAAAACGCGUGGACUCCGCAAAACCUCCUUACCCACGAUCCAUUGCGAAAUACUGGCUGGGCUGCAAGCAUGAAGACACACCUGAUGCAUCGAGGGCAGAGAAGAGAUAGGCCAGCUGAGUCCAUAGUUUGGGGAGAAAAAAAAGAAAAUCACUCUCACUAUGAGCACCUCUUAAUGUCACAAGUCUUAAAGUAAUUACAAUAUGAACUUAUAAUAGCUUCUGUCGUUUUUGUUGUUUGCGUUUUGUUUACGAUAAGUAGCCCCUCUGACGUCCCCUCUGUAUUCACGUGUAUAGGCUGAAAUUCUGCAUGAUUUAAUAAAGCUGAGAUUUUAA